AUGUCUACUGAAUUGAAUCCAAUUGAUAUGAAACAAUCAUCACCAACAACUGAUGAAUCAAUGAAAGUAGAUCUAAUAAAAAUGGAUGAUAAUUUAAAAUCAAAUAUUACAUGUGAAUUAUAUGAUACAUUAAUAGAUCCAGAAUGUAAAAAAUCUAAAUUAUCUGAUGUUUGGGAAACAAGUCAUACACCUCCAUUAGAAUGUCAAGAAUAUGAUACGUUAAAAGUUAAAAAAGAUCUAUACAAAGAUAUUACUACCAAUGUAGAUGUUGUUGUUGAUGAUGAUGGCGAUGGUGAUAAUUUGAAAAAAUUCCGUGAUACAGAAAAAACUGUAUCAUGUUAUAGACAUACAGAUGAUUAUGAAAUAUAUCAUUCUAGUAUUGAAAAAGAUAUUUGUACAGAAUUGGAUAAUCCUAUGUACAUACCAAUUAAAUUACCAUUGAGUAGUAAUUUAUAUGUUCCAGUAUAUUAUGUACAGUCGAGUGAAGAAACUUCACCUAAAUUAAAUAAACAUAAUUUGGAUUUUAAUGACUUAAAUAAUAUCCAUAAGGAUUCUAUUAUUAAUAAUAAUAAUAUCAAAUCAAAGGUAAGUCAUAAAUAUCGAUUAAAUUCUCAUGAUAACCUAAAUAAACAAGAUGAAUCUCAACGACUAACUAGUGAUUAUCAUAUAAAUAUUAAUAAUCAGGGAUAUGAAAAUUGUUUAUCAAAAUAUGAUACAACUAAGCCAGAACCUAAUCCUUAUGAUUUAGAAAUAUGUAAUGUACAGACAGAAUUAAAUGAACCAUUAAUGAAAACAAAAUAUUCAGAGAAAUCAAAAACUAGUAAAGUGUUAUUAAAACAAAAACUACAUUUUAUGAAGCCAAAAUUAAAAAUGAAUAUGAAUAAUAAAGAAAAUGACAUUGUUAUACCGGAUAGUCAGGGAAAAAUGACUGAUGAAAGUAAUAGAAUUGAAAAAAGACAAAAAAUUGGUUGUUCACCAAAACUUAAAUUUAAAAAACAUGAACAUCGAAAUAGAAAGGAAACAGAAAUUAUGCAACAAAAUGAUAAACCUGUUGAAGGUGUUAUCAGUGGAAAACAAUACAAAAUUCCUGAUCAAGAUUUAAAAAAUCAACUUAAUGAAAAUCUAUCAAUUGAAACAUCAGCAAUAGAAAACAAAAAUGUGACAAGAAAAAUGAAAAUGCUACAUCGAAAGAAAAAUGAAGUAAAGGAAAACGAAAAACAGAUAUCAAAAGGAGUACAAAACAAAGAAAGACGAAUAACGGACAAUAGAGAAACCAAAGAAAAAAGAACGGAAGAUGAAAAACAGAAGAAACAAAAUCAGAAGAUAGAAACGAAGAAGCGAAAACGAAUGAUAAACCCAUGCGUCAAAUUUCAUAUGACAAAAGAAAAUCAGCGAAAACAAAUAAAGACAAGCACAGAAGUAAGAAAACGAGCAGCACAUAUUAAAGUAAAAACAGAAAAACCAGAAAAAGGAAUAAAAAACGAGAAAAAAGACGUCGGGAGAAAAAAGCUCCAUUGGUCACCGAAUAUCUCAUUGCCAAAGUUGAAAGUGCAUGGACCAGAUUUGUCUGGAAAACUUCAUGCAGAUGCACCUGAUGUGGAUGUGAAUGUGACUGGUCCAUCUGUGGAGAUGCCAUCUCUGAAAGCCAGUGGUCAUUUGCCUACUGUCGAUGUGUCCGUUCCCGAUGCAUCGUUGGGAGGUGAUCUAUCCGGUAAGCUCGAUUUGGAGGGUGUCGGUGUGGGAGUUGUGGACGCCGAUUUGAAUCUGCCAGACCUACAGAUCUCAGGAAAUGUGAGUGCACCGUCUGUCGAGGGAGACCUAUCCAUGCCAGAUGUUUCCGCCAAUCUGGACACAGAUGUGAAACUGCCCAGUGUGCAACUGACUGGUCCAGAUCUCCGUGUACAUGGUGAGAUGCCGGAUGUGGAUGUGGGUGCUAAGGUGGAUGUGCCGAAACCACAUAUUUCAAUCAAGACACCGAAAUUCGGGUUCGAUCUGGGCAAGAAGAAGACGAAAGUGAAGACUCCAAAGGCUGAUGUGAAAGUGGAGGGUGGAGCAGGUGGGGAUAUAGAUUUGGAUGCCGGUUUCGACGCUCACUUAGAUGGUAAAGCAAGAAAGGGAGGUAAGAAGUUCCAUUGGUCUCCUAAGUUCGGGUUGCCGAAGGGUGGUCUGAAGAUUGGUGGAGGUGCUGGUGUUGGAGUGCCGGACACCUCGGUGUCUGUCUCAGGUACGACUGGUGGUGUGGAUGUGUCUCUUCCGAAACCCGAACUCGAUGUCUCCAUGGAGGUUCCCGACGUUGGUGUGUCCGCCUCUGUGCCCGAAAUCGAUGUAUCAGGUGGUGAGUUGGGACUGACUGGGAAGGUUUCUGCACCCGGUGUGGAUGUCAGUGUUCCGUCGAAGAAGAAGAAGAAGUUCACCUUCGGUUGGGGCUCGAAAGACAAGAAGGCGAAGAAGGUGAAGUUGCCCACAGUGUCGGGAGACGUGGAUGCUAGUUUGGAUGUGGGUGGAAAGGUUGAUGUUCCCAGUGUGAAGGUUGAUGUGGACUCAGGUGAUCGAGUCAAAGGUAAGAAGUUCCACUGGUCUCCGAAUAUCUCAUUGCCAAAGUUGAAAGUGCAUGGACCAGAUUUGUCUGGAAAACUUCAUGCAGAUGCACCUGAUGUGGAUGUGAAUGUGACUGGUCCAUCUGUGGAGAUGCCAUCUCUGAAAGCCAGUGGUCAUUUGCCUACUGUCGAUGUGUCCGUUCCCGAUGCAUCGUUGGGAGGUGAUCUAUCCGGUAAGCUCGAUUUGGAGGGUGUCGGUGUGGGAGUUGUGGACGCCGAUUUGAAUCUGCCAGACCUACAGAUCUCAGGAAAUGUGAGUGCACCGUCUGUCGAGGGAGACCUAUCCAUGCCAGAUGUUUCCGCCAAUCUGGACACAGAUGUGAAACUGCCCAGUGUGCAACUGACUGGUCCAGAUCUCCGUGUACAUGGUGAGAUGCCGGAUGUGGAUGUGGGUGCUAAGGUGGAUGUGCCGAAACCACAUAUUUCAAUCAAGACACCGAAAUUCGGGUUCGAUCUGGGCAAGAAGAAGACGAAAGUGAAGACUCCAAAGGCUGAUGUGAAAGUGGAGGGUGGAGCAGGUGGGGAUAUAGAUUUGGAUGCCGGUUUCGACGCUCACUUAGAUGGUAAAGCAAGAAAGGGAGGUAAGAAGUUCCAUUGGUCUCCUAAGUUCGGGUUGCCGAAGGGUGGUCUGAAGAUUGGUGGAGGUGCUGGUGUUGGAGUGCCGGACACCUCGGUGUCUGUCUCAGGUACGACUGGUGGUGUGGAUGUGUCUCUUCCGAAACCCGAACUCGAUGUCUCCAUGGAGGUUCCCGACGUUGGUGUGUCCGCCUCUGUGCCCGAAAUCGAUGUAUCAGGUGGUGAGUUGGGACUGACUGGGAAGGUUUCUGCACCCGGUGUGGAUGUCAGUGUUCCGUCGAAGAAGAAGAAGAAGUUCACCUUCGGUUGGGGCUCGAAAGACAAGAAGGCGAAGAAGGUGAAGUUGCCCACAGUGUCGGGAGACGUGGAUGCUAGUUUGGAUGUGGGUGGAAAGGUUGAUGUUCCCAGUGUGAAGGUUGAUGUGGACUCAGGUGAUCGAGUCAAAGGUAAGAAGUUCCACUGGUCUCCGAAUAUCUCAUUGCCAAAGUUGAAAGUGCAUGGACCAGAUUUGUCUGGAAAACUUCAUGCAGAUGCACCUGAUGUGGAUGUGAAUGUGACUGGUCCAUCUGUGGAGAUGCCAUCUCUGAAAGCCAGUGGUCAUUUGCCUACUGUCGAUGUGUCCGUUCCCGAUGCAUCGUUGGGAGGUGAUCUAUCCGGUAAGCUCGAUUUGGAGGGUGUCGGUGUGGGAGUUGUGGACGCCGAUUUGAAUCUGCCAGACCUACAGAUCUCAGGAAAUGUGAGUGCACCGUCUGUCGAGGGAGACCUAUCCAUGCCAGAUGUUUCCGCCAAUCUGGACACAGAUGUGAAACUGCCCAGUGUGCAACUGACUGGUCCAGAUCUCCGUGUACAUGGUGAGAUGCCGGAUGUGGAUGUGGGUGCUAAGGUGGAUGUGCCGAAACCACAUAUUUCAAUCAAGACACCGAAAUUCGGGUUCGGUCUGGGCAAGAAGAAGACGAAAGUGAAGACUCCAAAGGCUGAUGUGAAAGUGGAGGGUGGAGCAGGUGGGGAUAUAGAUUUGGAUGCCGGUUUCGACGCUCACUUAGAUGGUAAAGCAAGAAAGGGAGGUAAGAAGUUCCAUUGGUCUCCUAAGUUCGGGUUGCCGAAGGGUGGUCUGAAGAUUGGUGGAGGUGCUGGUGUUGGAGUGCCGGACACCUCGGUGUCUGUCUCAGGUACGACUGGUGGUGUGGAUGUGUCUCUUCCGAAACCCGAACUCGAUGUCUCCAUGGAGGUUCCCGACGUUGGUGUGUCCGCCUCUGUGCCCGAAAUCGAUGUAUCAGGUGGUGAGUUGGGACUGACUGGGAAGGUUUCUGCACCCGGUGUGGAUGUCAGUGUUCCGUCGAAGAAGAAGAAGAAGUUCACCUUCGGUUGGGGCUCGAAAGACAAGAAGGCGAAGAAGGUGAAGUUGCCCACAGUGUCGGGAGACGUGGAUGCUAGUUUGGAUGUGGGUGGAAAGGUUGAUGUUCCCAGUGUGAAGGUUGAUGUGGACUCAGGUGAUCGAGUCAAAGGUAAGAAGUUCCACUGGUCUCCGAAUAUCUCAUUGCCAAAGUUGAAAGUGCAUGGACCAGAUUUGUCUGGAAAACUUCAUGCAGAUGCACCUUUUCCUAGUAUUCAUUUAAUAGACUCUGUACCUAAUAUUCUUUCUUCUUCUACGGUUUCGUCUUCUGUUCCUUGUGUUGAUGUUUCCCCUAGUUACGUUCUUUCUGAUUCUUGCUUAUCUCCCGAAUUCGUGCAAUCGUACGUGCGUGAUUCUGUUUUGGUUGUUUCUGAUUCUGGCAUUAUUUCCCCUGUGGUUAAUUUCAGUCCUGUUGUCGUUUCUUCGCCUUCACCUUCUGAUCCAUUCGAAUCUGUUGAUUUCCUUCCCGUCGUUGAGGAACCUGUUAUUUCACCAUUUUCCUCACCUGAAUUUUGUGAAUCCAGUACUCUUCCUUCUCGAAUUUCUCCUCGAAAUGCUUUUCAAGAUAUAGAUGAGAGCUUUUCAUCUCCUGUUGAUUCUGGUUUUAAUGGUGACAUUUCUAAUGAUGAGGCUGAAAUUGAUGAAAUUUUUAUUGUUCCCAUUCAAACCGAUCGUGUCCUACCGAGAGAGCAAUAUUUUACAGAAUCACAGGACAUUGUAGGUGCUGAAGCUGAAGAAGAAUCGUAUUCUCCUACUCAGAAUUUGAAUGCAUCAAAUGGGAUAAAAUCUGAUGAAAUUAAAUUACACAGUCCAUUUCAUAUUUUGAAAUCAAAAAAACAUGAUAAAGAUUCUGCUCAUCGAGUAAAAGUCAUCGAUGCCAACGACCAAAUCUCAACAAAUACUGAAAAACUUAAUGUUAAUAAUACUCUUUAUAGCAUCCCUGAUGGUUCAGGACGUAUUACAGUUGACAGCAAGUCUAAGAAAAAGGUGAAAUCUCAUCAUAAGAAACCACACAUAUUCGGUGGUCAAAUAUCGACUGAUGAAAUUAUUUCAGAUACUCCCAUGAAACUGGAUCAUCAUGAAGACUACCACGACCUAAUAGGAGUAUCUGUUUCUGGUCAUAAUGCUGAUCUUGCUUUAACUCCUCGGCGUUCUCCCAGUAAACUCAGAGAUCCCUCUAUUCGGAAAACGUGGCAUGGUGCAAGAGAACCCUAUUCUGACUUUGUAGGAAGUCUCAAUUCAGACCAAGAUGAAUACACUUUAACCGAAGAUGUUUCGGUUAGUUAUCUACAACCAAGGUCAACCACAAAAUCUUCAAAUAACAAUUCAUUAAACGCUUCUGACUUUCUUCGACGUAGUAUAGGAAAUUCAACAAAACGCCGCCCUUGGAGCACUUUAGAAUAUCCACCACCUGGGUGUCAUUUUGUAGACGAUGAUUACAUGUUUCCAGAUGCUUUAACACCGACUAAAAUUCCAAGUUUUCAAGCAAGCAAGGAAAUAGUUUAUGAUGUUCCAUAUAUCGACGAUAAAGCCAUUCCACGUUAUGAACCUGAAUGGCCUAUAGGUGAAUCAAGAAGAACUUUGAUAUCUCAACUCUCGCAGAAUAGUGGCAGUAUUGUUCGAAUGACAGCUGAGGAAGAAAGCAGUCUUAUAUCACUUGAUACUAAACUCUCCGAUCAUCAAAAUAUAUCCAAAAGAAUAAGUCGAUUUACAACACAUCUGUUGAAAGGUAACAAAUCUUCAUUGGAACAAGAUGAUGAUGUUUCAAAAUCUCGAUCGAAAAGUUUAACUCGAUUAAAAACAUGGUGGUCUAAACGUGGUUCACCGCAUAAAUGA